GCCGAGCAACCCCCCCCCCGGCAUGGGGUGCUGGCGGCUGCUCCUGCCCCCCUGGGGCGGCGCCCGAGCGCGGGGUCCGCGCGCCCCGUUGCAGCCUUGGCGGCAGCUGCACGUGCCCAGGGCGGCAGGGCCCGUUGGUGCAUUGGAGCCGUUCCCGUCCCUGCAGCGGCCCCCGUCGCGGUGCCUGGCCUCGUCCUUCCCGCUGCCCCGGCAGCCCGUGCCCCCCCUGGCGCAGACGCUGGAGCGGUACCUGCGCUCGCUGGAGGUGCUGGUCACGCCCGAGGAGCUGGAGGAAACCCGGCAGCUGGUGCAGGAGUUCGGGGCACCCGGCGGGGAGGGGGAGCGGCUGCAGGCCCAGCUGGAGCGCAGAGCCGCCCGCAUGGAGAACUGGCUCUCGGAUUGGUGGGUGCAGAGCGCGUAUCUGGAGAGCCGCCUGCCCCUCGCCGUCCACUCCAGCCCGGCCGUGGUGCUCCCCAAGCAGGACUAUAGCGACUGGAGGGGGCAGCUCCGGUUUGCGGCGAAGCUCAUCGCGGGGGUGCUGGAUUUCAAGGCUAAGAUUGAUCAGCAGGCGCUGCUGGUGGAGUACCGGGGGGGGCACCCCCAGUGCAUGGCCCAGUACAGCCGCCUCUUCGCCUCCUGCCGCCUGCCCGGCCCCAAGCACGACGGGCUCCUGCUGCCCCCCCCGGGGCGCCGGGCCCCCACCUUCGUCACCGUCGUCCGCAACUUCCAGUUUUUCCAGCUGGAGGUGUACAACAGCGACGGGACCCCCCUCACCGUGGACCAGCUGCACCUGCAGCUGCAGCGCAUCCGGGGGCUGUCGUGGAAGACGGACAAGGAGCCGCUGGGGGUGCUGACGGGGGAUCACCGGCACACCUGGGGCCAGGCCUACAGCACCCUCAUGAGAGACCGGCUGAACCGGGAGUCGGCCCGGUGCAUCCAGCGCAGCCUCUUCAGCGUCUGCCUCGACGCGCCGGUGCUGAAGGUGUCGGACGAGCGCUACCCCAGCCGCGUCGCCGCCCAGAUGCUGCACGGGGGCGGCAGCUACUCCAACAGCGGCAACCGCUGGUUUGACAAGACCCUGCAGUUCAUCGUGGGGGAGGACGGCGUCUGUGGGGUGCUGUAUGAACAGGCCGUGGCCGACGGGGCCCCCAUAGCCACCAUCAUCGACCAUGUCCUUGAUUACUGCAAGGACCCCGACACGGCGCGCGCCCCCAUGACGCCCCUGCCCCUGCCCCCCAAGCUGUACUUCUACAUCACCCCCGAGAUCAAGUGGGACAUCGAGCGCGCCAAGCGGAACCUGGACAUCCUGAUCACGGACCUGGACAUCAGCUGUUUCACCUACCGGGGGUUCGGCCAGGGGCUCCCCAAGCGCUGGGGGCUGCGCCCCGACUCCCUCUUCCAGGUGGCGCUGCAGCUGGCCUACUUCAGGACCCACGGCUCCCUCUGCGCCACCAGCGAGGUGGUGUCCCUGCGCCGCUUCCACCUGGGCCGGACGGACGCCGUGCGCCCCGCGGCCCCCCCGGUGCUGCGCCUGGCGCGGGCCAUGGACGCGCCCCACGGCCAGGACGAGGAGACGCUGGCCCUGCUGCAGGCGGCUGUGGAAUCUCAGAGCGCCAGGACCGAACAGGUGCUGGCCGGGCAGGGCAUCGACCGGCACCUGCUGGGGCUGAAGCUGGCGGCCAUCGGGGACGGGCAGCGGCUGCCAGGGAUCUUCAUGGACACGGCCUACGCCAUCGCCACGCACUGCCGGCUGCUCACCGGCCAGGUGGCUUCACGCUCCGACUGCCUGAUGGUCUACGGGCCGCAGGUGCCGGACGGCUACGGGGUCUGCUACAACCCGCUGGACGCCCACGUCAACUUCGCCAUCACGGCCUUCAACUGCUGCCGCGAGACCCACGCCCAGCGCCUGGCCCACACCCUGCAGCGGGUCCUGGACCAGCUCGCCCGCCUGCUGGGGGAGAGCCCGGGGGGCGCCGGCGGGGAGGGGGGCGGGGACGUGGAGGGGCAGCCCUGACGGCCCCCCCAUGCCCCCACACACUCCAUGUACCCACAAUGCCCCUCUGCAGCACCCCGCGUCGCCUUACCCACAAUCCCCCCGGCCAGAGCCCCUCUGACCCUCCCCCCACCCAACACCCCCUUCUGUGCCCCGCAUCGCCUUACCCACAAUCCCCCCGGCCAGAGCCCCUCUGACCCCCCCCCACCCAACACCGCCUUCUGUGCCCCCUCGCUCCCUACCCAGAAUCCUCUGUGUCCCCUUCCAUCCUACCCAGAAUCCCCCUGGCCAGAACCCCUCUGACCCCCCCCCAACACCCCCUUCUGUGCCCCCUCGCUCCCUACCCAGAAUCCCCUUCUGUGCCCCCUUCCAUCCUACCCAGAAUCCCCUUCUGUGCCCCUCGUCCCCUUACCCACAAUCCCCCUGGCCAGACCCCCUCUGACCCCCCCACCCAACACCCCCUUCUGUGCCCCCUCGCUCCCUACCCAGAAUCCUCUGUGUCCCCUUCCAUCCUACCCAGAAUCCCCUUCUGUGCCCCUCGUCCCCUUACCCACAAUCCCCCUGGCCAGAGCCCCUCUGACCCCCCCACCCAACACCCCCUUCUGUGCCCCCUCGCUCCCUACCCAGAAUCCUCUGUGUCCCCUUCCAUCCUACCCAGAAUCCCCCUGGCCAGAGCCCCUCUGACCCCCCCACCCAACACCCCCUUCUGUGCCCCCUCGCUCCCUACCCAGAAUCCUGUGUCCCCUUUCAUCCUACCCACAAUCCCCCUGGCCAGAACCCCUCUGACCCCUACACCCCCUUCUGUGCCCCCUCGCUCCCUACCCAGAAUCCCCUUCUGUGCCCCUCCCCUCCUUACCCACAAUCCCCUCUGCGGGGGGGCCGCCCCCCAUUCACACAGGUAAUUGGGAGACAAAUCUAACUUAUUUUCUGACGGAUGGAAAAUGAAUAAAAAUCAUGGUGUGAUUUGUAGCCAUGUGGUGUCGGCUCUGAGCGGGGGACACCCCCGAAUACCCCC